UAGAAGCUUCAAGAAAGCAUUUGUACUGGACACCAUGUGCAGCCCAUUGUAUUGAUCUCAUGUUAGAGGAUAUAGGGAAGAUUCCAAAGAUCAAGGAGUGUUUGAAAAAUGCAAUGUUCGCGAAUGCAUAUAUAUAUAAUCAUACUAAACUUGUGAAUCUGAUUAGAAGAUUCACGAAUCAAAGAAAUUUGCAUAGGCCCGCGGUGACACGGUUUGCAACAUCAUUCAUCACCCUUGCGCAAAUGCACAAGCAAAAGAACAAUCUGCUAAAGAUGGUCCUAUCCGAUGAAUGGAGGGUUGGCAAAUGGGCGAAGGAAGCGGGUGGGAGGAAAGUAGCAUCUACCUUUCAACAAGAAAGAUUUUGGAGAAACAUUGUUUAUGCUCUCAAGUUGACAGGACCGCUUGUUAAAGUUCUUAGGAUUGUUGAUGGGGAUAAAAAACCUGCCAUGGGGUACAUCUAUGACGCUAUGACAAGGGCUAAGGAAGCCAUUGCAGCUAGUUUUUUGAAUAGAAAAGCGGAGUAUAAAAAAGCCUUUGCGAUCAUUGACAAAAGAUGGGAAUGUCAUCUUCAUAGGCCUUUACAUGCUGCUGGAUUUUUUUUUUUUUUGAAUCCGGAAAUGUAUUAUGACAAUCAAGAGAAAGCAAGUGGUGGACCGAUUAGGCGAGGUUUAAUUGACUGUAUUGGAAGGUUAGUUGUUGAUCCACAUACUCAAGACAUAAUUAGCAGCCAGUUGGAUUCAUAUCAAGAGGCAAUAGGUGUUUUUGGCAAUCCAAUGGCUAUACGUCAAAGAAAGACGAGAUCACCAGCGGAUUGGUGGGCUAGUUAUGGAUGUGAUACCCCGGAGUUGCAAAAGUUUGCCAUUCGGAUUCUUAGUCUCACAUGUAGUGCCACGGGUUGUGAGAGAAAUUGGAGUGUCUUCCAACAACUUCAUACUAAAAGAAGAAACCGAUUGGCACAAAAACGAUUAAAUGACUUGGUGUAUGUAAAGUUUAAUCGUGGAUUGAAACAACGAUAUGAAAGAAGGAACACCACUGACCCUAUACUUUUACAAGAAAUUGAUGAUAGUAACGAGUGGGUCAUGGGUGUUAUGGAUGAUGAGAAUGAGGAGACUUCAGAGGUUGUGUUUGAUGAUAAUAGUGGUUUGACAUGGCGUGUUGUUGAGAAGGCUUCGGGGGCAUCUGAACCGAUAUAUGCAACAAGAUCAAGUACACAACAACAAUCCAAAGAAAAGGAUCCUUCUUCCUCCACCCCUACUCCUAGUGUACCACCACCUAAGAAAGCACCAUCUAAAAGACUAGAUGUAUUGAUUGAUGAAGGUAUUCAAGAUGAUGAAGAAAUCGAAGAAGAACUUGGCUUGAGUGAAGAUGAUGGCGAAGAUGUGGUACUUGGAGCUGACGAUGAUCAUGGAGAUAGUGAAGAAGACUACUAGUUUGGCUAUAUUGUCGUUUUUGAUUACCUAUUCUAAAGUUGCAAACACUUAAGCAACCUUCUUUUGAUUACC